GAUCCACAAUUGAAGAAGAAUUGUGACUCGGAAGCUGUGUAAAGCCUCAUCAAAGAGUUCCAUAGUGCUCGCUAGGGUAAGGUAUUAGGCUAUAAUUUAUGUUGUAGGCUAGGCUAAUUGGAUGAGGGAUCGCCCUUAUUGCUAGGUUUGUACAUGGAACCAAAAGAGGCCGUCUGUUAAUUCUGCAUGGAGCGCUUAGUAUGCCACACAGAGCACGACCUAUGACGGCGGUCCUCAUCUUUUUUGGAGUCAAUGCUUUACUCGUAUCUACUGUCAACCCAGUAUAUGAUUUCGUCUGCUUCCUUCCCUACUGGGAGAGAAGAAGGGAACGAAUCCGACGAGAGAAAGAAAGAGAAAUAUCAUGAGCGAAGCGCAAGUGGUUAAUUUAGGCAAUCCUGAACUCUGUACCAAGUUUGAAGGCUUGAUUAUUGGAUCCAAGGCUAAUUUUUCUGUUAUCCUGAAGGUAUCAUAUUGUGAACUAUUAGUUCAAUGCAAUCAUCAGCUUCCAAGGGCGCUUAAUUUCCCGAAGAAUAUUGUCACUCCAAAUUGCAAUGUACUGUAUUUUCAGCCCAUAAAGGUGACAAUAGUAGGAGAAAAUUUUACAUCUCUCUGACAACUUCAAAUAAAUUGAUGAAUGAGAUGAUGCAACUUCUGACAAAGAAUACACUGAUAGAAAACAUUGUGAAGAUUUAGCUAAGAGAACUUAUGAGGAAAUAGCUAAAAGAAAUUCUGAUGAAUUAACUUUUUUUAUUAACAUUUUGAUUGUCUUCCAUGGUUUAACUAUUACAGUUAUUAUGGGUGUUUUUACGUAUCUUAUGUUGUCAAUGUAUUAAAAAUUUAUGGACGUAAAAGGUUGAGGUUGUAGAAAUAAUGUACUAUUGUAACAAUCGUAAAAGUAAUGUUU